AUGGUCGAAUCCUUCUUCAUCUUCUCUGAUUCGAAAGCAGAGCUUUUCCCUGAUACGAAGAUCUCGAUUUGUGCAUGGAGAUCCUUCAGGCUCAUGGAUGGGACCUGGAGCUCGCGAUCUCCGCUUUCACCGGCGGUAACGAAAGCGCUGGGGCGGCUUCCGCAUCGGCCGGUACUGCUUAGGUGGAAGGAGGCGAAGAAUCCCAAGCCGACGAAUCCAUUGUUGGAUGAGGAAGGAGAUAUGCGAUGA